GCGUGCUUCACAGCUCCCCCGACUCCCUGGCCGAGUCCUGGUUCCGGUCCAGACUGAGCCACCAGCGCAGCUACGGCUCGGCUCACUCCUACGACGAGUCGGACCUGGACCUGAACCGCUCUCUGGGGGUCCAGGCUCUCAUCGACAACAUGGUCAGCUUCAUGAGCGGGGACGUGGGACUGGCCCCGGCCUUCAAGGAGCCUGAGGAGGGCGUGUCCACCAGUCCACAGGCCACCAUCCUGUCCAUGGAGCAGCAGCAGAGCAGGGCCGAG